AUGUCUUUCAAUUGCUCCCCAAGAAAUUGCUCUUCCAGGCCAGUAGGAGGACGGUACACUGUCCCAGCAGGUCCAGUCGCCACAGCUUCAGCCCGUGAUGCAGACUGCCUGAGUGGCAUCUACUUGCCCAGUUCCUUCCAAACUGGUUCCUGGCUCCUGGACCAUUGUCAGGAGUCAUGCUGUGAGCCCACUGUCUGCCAGCCAACAUGCUACCAGAGAACUUCUUGUAUCUCCACCCCUGUCCAGGUAACUUGCAAUCGACAGACUACCUGUGUCUCCAAUCCCUGCUCAACUCCCUGUAGCCGGCCACUCACUUUUGUGUCCAGUGGCUGUCAGUCCUUGGGAGGCAUUUCCAGCUCUUGCCAACCAGUGGGAGGCAUCUCUACCACUUGCCAACCCGUGGGAAGCAUCUCUACUGUCUGCCAACCCGUGGGAGGCAUCUCUACUGUCUGCCAACCAACCUGUGGAGUCACCAGGACAUACCAGCAGUCCUGUGUAUCCAGCUGCCGAAGAACUUGCUAA